UCCGCACCGCUCUGCAGAUGCCCUGGGUGCAUGCCGGAGCCAGGACGUGUGUGCACGAAAGUGUGUGAGGGGAAGACUGUGUGUGUGUCCACUCAGUGUGCAUCACAGGCUGGAAGACAUAAGCCUCCACUCCUCCUCCUCCUCCACUACCACCUGGAUCGAAGACCAAAAUGAGAGGGAGGUCUGUGAUGGGGAGAGGGUGGUCAGGUUAGUGUGGGAGGUGAUGAUGAAAGAGGCCAGGUGAGGAGGAGACACUGGAGUGCCCCCUCUCCUCGCUCUCCCUCUCUGGAUGUGACGUGGUGUGUAUUCGCUGUGUGACAGGGAGCGGAACAGGUCGACUCCUUUCAGCAGAGCCUGCGGAGGAGAAAGGAGCCGGCUCCAAGCUGAGAUCACAUCUUUGCAGUCAAAGGUCAAACUGAAGAGAGACGGAUGCCUGUGCUUACGUUAGUGAGAUAGCACUCGCUGCAUUUUCAGAUGGUCCACUCAAAUCUCCUGUGACAGCCAGCACCCUGGCCUGUACCACUCUACCGCUGACACCCUACGACAGGGGAGGAUGGGUGAUGGACCCGUGAAAUUCAGUGGACUCUCUCCUCCUUAUCCUAUCGUCUCAUGGAGCGUCUUGUCACACCGGGCCCCUCCUGGAACGCUUCUCUCUCUGAUCUCCUCUCCUUUCUAGCUGCACUGCAGCUCAAUGCAUCUAAUGUGACUGUGCCCACUAAGAGUACCCCAGGUGGCAUAGAUGUGACCCAGACAUUGGCGUUGUAUGCUAUGGUCAUAAUGGACGUAUUCGCAGUGGUGGGAAACUUGGCCGUGAUGGUAGUCAUCAAAAGAACACCACAGCUGCAUAAGUUUGCCUUUGUGUUUCACCUUUGCCUGGUGGACCUGCUGGCAGCACUGGUGUUGAUGCCUCUGGGGAUAGUGUCAGAUCACAUCCCGCUCGACGAGGCACUGUGUCGGAGCUACCUCUGCUUGAGUGUGUGUCUAGUGAGCGCUGCCAUCCUCUCCAUUUGUGCCAUCAAUGUGGAACGCUACUACUACAUCGUCCACCCAAUGCGCCAUGAGGUGAAGAUGACCGUUGGGGUGGUGACAAUGGUUCUAGUAGGAAUCUGGAUUAAGGCCAUUAUCAUGGCAGUGAUACCUCUCCUGGGGUGGUUGUUCCAAGGAGAUCGGGGUCUGGGGAUUAAUUCGACUUUCAUUCUUAGUCAAAGUCACUGCUCCCUCCACUGGACAGGAGGCAGAAUAACACGCCUAUUAUUCAUGGUCAUCUUUACAUUCAUCUAUUUUCUUUGUCCUACACUGAUUAUUCUUGUUGUAUACUGCAGUAUGUUCAAAGUGGCCCGGGUAGCAGCCAUGCAACAUGGCCGCCUGCCAAACUGGAUGGACACAUCACGCCAACGAUCAGAGUCUAUCAGCAGCCACUCCACCAUGGCAGCUAGCCUUGGUGGAACUGGAUCACGCACCACCCCUCAGAGGAUCUUCACUGGUGGAAAGGCUGCAGUUGUUCUUGUGGCUGUUGGAGGCCAGUUCAUCUGCUGCUGGCUGCCAUAUUUCUCCUUCCAUCUCUACUCAGCUGUGGUGUCUACCUCACCUGUCUCGUUGGCCAAUUUGGAAGAAGUGGUCACAUGGAUUGGCUAUUUCUGCUUCACCUCCAACCCCUUCUUCUACGGCUUCCUGAACCGGCAGAUCCGUGAGGAGCUGGGACGCCACGUGGCUUGCAUCUUCAAGCGGGUUGGGCCCACUGAAGUGGAGCAGCUGGCAAGCCGCGAGGCUUCAAUUGAGGAGAACUUUUUGCAGUUCCUUCAGGGCACUGCAUGCAAUCUGGAACCCUGCAACUCUUUCAGCAGAGCCAGCCAGGAGGAGCCAGAAAGUGAGGAGCCCCAGGAAUCAACUGUGGAGCAAAACAUCCCAGGGCAAAUCAUCGAGGAAACGUCACAGUUUAUGCAGUGCCAACAGCUAAACAAUGAGCUACAUCCAUCAGAAAACUGCUGCAAAACUGCACCAGAGCUGUAGCUGCCUCUUGAGUGCUGCCUAUUUUCCAUCAAGCAAAGUCACGUAAAUUUUCUAAAACAUGUUGAAACAAUAUAUCUUGUUCAUGUAAAACAGCACUUUUAUGCUAAAAGUCCAGUGAACUGCAGAACAUGGUGUCUUCUUUGAAUAUUUGAAUUGUUGCAACAUUUCAUUGAAAAACAAAUACUUCUUGUGCAAAAAUUUCAACUGACAUUAUUUAUUUAAUGUGUGGACAUUUAUUUCUGUGUGAUGCCAGCAGAUGGAGAGUAACCCUUGUUGUUUUUCAGAGUCCACUGAAGUGUUUUAUAUACAUGCUCAGACAAAACAUUUGUGUCAACCUAAAUAACCAUUCAUCUGUCACUUUUACAUCAAACAUCUUGCAUUUCUGGACAUGCACAUAUGUUAUGUACAUCAUAGAGGCCUAAAAUGAGUCAUUUCAGGCCUAAAUUGAGAAAUUUUGCAUCUACAGUCACAAAAAUGUGGGACUUUGCGGGUGUUUAACAUGAAACCCCAACCACAACAUUUUUUUUUAUUAUGACCCCUUUAACUGAAAGAACCUUUGACAAUCAACAACAGUCUUUGAGAUGGAUCUGAUAAUGAUCAAUACUUUAAACGACCAUGAUGCUCCUCUUGUUUAAGCACAAAGAUAUCACCACCAAAGUGGAACGUUGCACCACUGCCUCUUUUAUGAACAAUUUAGCAGGAUGAGAUCAUCAUACAAAAAAG